AGGAGUCAAUCCCAGCAUCCUCUCCCCACCAAAAAUGGCGUCUAAAGCAGGAGAAGACGACAAGGAAUCUCAGGGAUUUUUUGCAAAUUUGGCUCAACAGCUCCGAGAUUUCAAGGUCUUUCUUUGGGAUCCUACUAGGAGAACUGUCUUGGGAAGAAAUGCGAAGAGUUGGGGUGAGGUUGGUCUGUUCUACCUGAUCUUCUACUCCUGCCUGGCAUGUUUCUUUGCCAUCACCCUGAUAGUCUUCUACCAGACCCUGAGCUGGGAACAACCUACCUACUGGGCCGGCACCAACUACAUGAACAUCCCCAGUGUGGGGUUCCGCCCUAAUAUCAAAACGGAGGGUAACAUCGCCUUCAACCCCACCCAAGCCAAGUCCUACGCGAAGUACGUUAACCAGCUGGACAGCUACCUGGCACCAUACAAUACCACGAAUGAUGAUGUGUAUGUAGACUGCACUUCCAGUCCUGCCCCCAAGGGGAAGCUGUGUAAGUUUGACGUGUCUCAGCUCGGCCCCUGCGCCACAUCUCCGUACGGCUACGACCAGGGCAAGCCUUGUAUCCUCCUCAAGUUCAACAGGGCCUUCGGCUGGAUUCCUGUUGCCUAUGACACUGUUCCCGACAAACUGGCUGCCAUGAACUUCACCAACGGUGCUGGUACUGUCCUCUGCAAAGGCAAGUAUGCACCUGACAGGAACGCGCUGAACCAGGACGACAUCAGCUACUACCCCGGCGAGUUCGGCGCCAACUACUUCCCCUUCCUGGGUCACAUCGGCGGGAUCGACGCCACGUCCCGCUACCUGAGCCCGCUCAUCGCCGCCCAGUUCAACAACGUCACCACCAACAAGAACAUCCGCGUGCUGUGCGAGGCCUUCUCCGGAAACAUCCAGGCCAGCGACCGGACAGAAGACAUCGGCCGCUUGCAGAUCGACCUGCGCAUCUCCGCCGGAGCCAACUAACGAUUGCUUUCCCCUAGAUGGUCGAUGUAUAACUAGGGUUUUAGAGUAAAGAAAUGGUGGUCAGCAUAGGGGGGGAGGAGGCCGUUACUGGGUGGAUUAAGGAUGUAUUUAUUCCUGUUCUAGGCCACUGAUUGUGUUCCACAGUGCAUGUUUCCAAGAUUUCACAAGCUACUGUAGAUAACAGUGUCAUAUAUCAGGUCCUGAACUAUGGACAAACACCAAAAAUACUAUAAAGAGAAGUUAAAAACCGUUGUUGAACCCAAAGUUACAGAUAUCCUUGUCAGCAUGAGAAAACGUCAACAGUAGAAAGCAAGCAAACAGUUAAUAUCCAACAUUGUAUAGUGUUACUUGCACAAAGAAUCUAAUGUAAUUCCCACGCACUUCUAGAACAUUAGGAUUUGCCUCUUUUCCAUUCAUAUCCACAUGUAAAUAGGAAAAUUCAGGGCUUGUUUUUUUUUCUUUUGUUUUUCCUCUCCCAUGGAGAAUGAAUCGCUGCUCCCCCUAGAGAUUCCAUCGUGUAGUGCACCUUCAUAUGUACAUUAUAUAACCCUCCUCCUCCUGUAGCCAUACAUAACACAUAAUGCUUCAAACACUAAAUAUCAAUGAAUUGUCUAAGAUGUAAAAUUCACUGUUCAAAUGUUAACAGGACUGAUCGUUCUGUCAGUCUAGAGAGAUAUUACAACUAAAUACAGAAAUUAAUACAGUUCAUGAAUUAGACGUUCAUUUUUUUUAUUUCGCUGUAAUUUUAAGUACUUGUAAGAACUGUCCUGCUUGUGUAAUCGAUGUACGUUUACUCCAGAACCAAACUUAGGUGGCUGCCAUUGGCUCUUAUGUAGAGGCAUUUUUUAAACAUUAGUGUUUCACGUGUGUAACAGAAUGUAACUAGUCAACACAGCUUCUAACAACCAGCUAUGUCAAAUCGCAAACUUUUUGACUGCUGAAAAAAAAAAACACAACUGCUAUGAUGAUAUUACUAGUUUGAGGCUUUGUCAGGUAGAUAAAUAUGUAGAUAUAUUAUAUAUACGUGUCUGUAUAAGAUCCCGGACCUUCCCCAUAGUUCCUGCAGGAGUUUGUGUUCCUUUCCUUGUAGUGUGUAGAUGGUGUUAGUAGUAAGCUCCCUCUCUACAGUUUGGAUGGGAUUUUAGACAAUUUAGACUUAAUUGUGUCUUCCUGUAGGGAGGGAGGCAAGGUGUAUCUAGGCAAGUCUUAUAUGCAAUCCUCCACUUGCUUCUAUCUCUUGGGUUUCUUAGGAAAAUGUAGUCGGUGGGUCGGUUGUUUUCAGAUGUUUAGUAGCAAGUGAAGUAGUCAAGUCAAGAGUUAAUUGAUAAAAAAAUGUGGAUCUUUUCUGGAUUCUUCUGUAAGAUGCAAUGAUUUUUAUGUGAAGGGUAUAUUGGCAUGGUUGGUAUCUGACAGUUUUGUGGUUUAGACUUUUUUUUGUAAUUCCAAAAUACAGUUGUGCAGAAUUUGGUGUUAGAGUAAAUGGCUGACUCUGAGUAUAAUAUCACUAUGGACAUACCAAGUAUGUGAUGAAAACAACAAGUGACUGCUGUUUGUGGUAUGUCUUCAAUUUUUUCACGGCAGACUGUAUCCUUGACAAGUCUUUAACAUCUUGACCUGUACUGUAUUGCUGUUGGAUCAAAGGCAAAAGAUUGUUUUUGGCAGGACUAAAUUUCUACCUCUGUUAGAAUGGAUGUUCAGAAGGGAACAUGCAGCAUACUUUUCAGGAAAAUUCCUGUGGGAACAAAGACCCAGCAAAAGACUUUGUCAGAGAUGCUGUCUUUGUUGUAGGUACAUGUAUGUUUGAAUGCUGUCACCGUAAUAUGUACCGUAAUCUGCCGGUGUUCAAAAAUGUAGAUUCCAAUGAUGCCAAUUUCUUCUCUCUCAACUGCUAAUAUCCCCUUGUUUCCCCCUGCAUGUUUAAAUGUGUUCCAUUGAGAUUAACCAUUUUUUUGUAGUUGAAGAUUUGUAUUUUGCACCAGGAGAUAUUUCUUAAUCGGAUCUAGACUCCUAAUGCCUGUAUCAAAUUUCUUUUGAUUCAUUUUGUACUGGCACUUUUAAUUUCGUGAUUGUUGAUUAUUACUUUAAGCAAGUGUUUGAUGAAUUUUAAUUGAAUAAAGUUCCCAAUAAAAAAUCC